UCAAACAGCUGAUCACUUUGGACGCGGGUGCUUUUCCGAUGAAUAAAUAAAUAUUUUCGUUAAAAUAAGCCUGUAAGGCUAUUUAGAAAACUAAAAAACUAAUGCGACGCAUUUAUACAGCAGCCAACGCCCAAAUAAUGUCGAAAAACAAAGGAAAAGGUAAAGCAACGCCCGCUGCCGCUGCGACAACCCCGCCUGCCACUAAUACGCCGGUCACACUGGACAAGAGCGGCAACAUUGUCAUCAAGAUUCUGGCGAAGCCGGGUGCAAAGCAGAAUGGCAUCACGGACAUUGGACUAGACGGCGUUGGUGUCCAGAUUGCUGCGCCGCCCAGCGAGGGAGAAGCCAACGCCGAGUUGGUAAAAUUUCUGUCCAAAGUACUGGGACUGCGCAAAAGCGACGUUUCCCUGGACAAGGGCUCCCGUUCCCGCAACAAAAUCGUGCUCGUUAGCAAGGGCGCGUCCACAGUGGAAGCCAUAGAGCAAUUGCUGCGAAAGGAAUGCGAAUCUUAGGCGUAAUAUUAAAAUCUGUAUUUGCUAGUUAAUAAACGACUUUUAUAAUUUUUAAACACAUUUGCUUGUUUAUUUUAGUUUAUGUUUUAUCAUCGAUCCGAUCAUCCAACCUUAUUACAUAUUCCAUUAAAUAGCUAACGCAUACGAAGUCUUUGUAUUUCUUUCUUUCGUUACAUUAAUUACUUGGAUUCUAAAUUAGAAAUUUCUUAUAAACGACAACUGCUCUAAAUGAAUGUGUAAAUCCUAAUAGUACAAAUUA